GUCGCUCACACUGUGGGCCCCCAACUUUGACCCCUCCGAGUAUCGGCCGCUGUGCAUUUGGGUGCCGGGGCUGUCCCCCGCACAGCGCAGAAUAUGCCUGCGGCACCGGGACCACAUGGCGCACGUGGCCGAGGGCGUCCACCUGGCGCUGUCCGAGUGCCGGCACCAGUUCCAGGGAAAACAGUGGAACUGCGCCGUGCCUGGCGUGGAGGACACGCUGGACCCCGUGGCCAAGUCGGUGCCAGGCUGCGGCUCGCUCGCUUCACUGCUCUUGACGCUCCUGGCACGCCUCUUGGGGGUCCCGGACGUCCCACCGGCCCUGAUCUAUUCCGCGGAGUUGGAGACGGCGUUCGGCUCCUACCCGCGGCGACGAUCCCCCUGGUCCCCACUCGUGUCGGUCCUUGAGGGUGGGAGCUCUCCCCAGCCGCUCGUGCUGCUGCCGCUUCUGAGCUGCGCGCCCCCACGCCACCGAUUCGGGGGCUCUCCUUUCGCAGGGCCGCGGAGCCCAUUGUUCGGUCCCCCGGGCAAAUCCCGUGAGAGGGGUCUGUCUCUAAAUAGGCGACGUUUUCCCUACCACCUGCUUGGCGUGUUCUCCCCCAAAACCCCUUCCCACACCGGUCUGGCCGCACCGUCUCCAGCUGACGGGGCGGGCUUCACGCACGACGCCCCCCCGGGAGUCUCCCCAGGCUCGCGCGAGGCCGCGUUCGUCUCCGCCGUCACCGCCGCCGGAGUGGCCCACGCGGUGGCGCGCGCCUGCCGCCAGGGGGCCCUGCAGGGCAGUUGUUCCUGGGUCGUUCCCCACACCAUGAAGCUACCGCCGGGUGCUCGGCGGGGCGGCUCCGGAGACGACGUCGAAUACGGAUACCAAUUCGCCAAGUGGUUCGUGGAUGCGGGCGAUCGCAAUCGUGGCAGCGGGCAAGGAGGGGAGUCUUUGGCGAUGAAUUUGCACAACAACGAGGCCGGCCGGCUAGCGGUGUACAAUCUGGCGUACAUGGGCUGCAAGUGCCACAUGUUAUUUGGCACCUGCAUGCUGAAAAUCUGCUGGCAGCAGCUCGCCGACUUUCGCAGCGUUGGGAACUUUCUGAAGGAAAAGUACGAAAGAAGUUCCGCCGUGCAGCUGGUGAGCCACAACGGUGGGGGUGGUGCCGGAGGCGCCAACGGCAGCAGGGGCGGCGCCGCCCGCUGGCCCCGCCGGCGUCUGGAGGCGGUGAACGAGCGGUUGACGGCGCCCACGGUGAGCGACCUGGUUCACGUGAACGCCAGCCCGGAGUAUUGCGAGCGCGACGAGACUGACGGCGUCCCCGGCACGGUGGGGCCGCAGUGCAGCGUCACCUCGGAGGGGGCCACCGAGGGACGCUGUGUCACGUGCUGUGACAGAGGAUACGACACCUCUCAAGGUGCGCCGGUCCGGUUCCCGUUCGCGUGCGCGUGGGGUGCAGCGAGCGAGGUGAACCCGCACGGCGGAGGCCUCGCGGGCGGGGCGGGCGGGCAGGCCCGGAUUUCGUCUCAAACCAACGUUCAGCGUCGCCGAUUCGUCGACGAGGAACCUCCCCUCGUCCAAGGUCGCGACGCGGACUUGAGAAAAAAGCCGUCCAUGAAUUUCUAA